GAUCGCGCAAUAAAAACAUAAGUUCACGUAAAUUAAAGUUAUUUUAGAUUACAUUUAUGUACAUAUAAGAAUUAAAGCCCUCUGUCGGUACUAGACCAAACUAUCCCAGAUCCACCAUGCAGAAACGAGACGUUAAUAAUAUACAUAAUGGCAAUGAUUAAAAAUCGUCUUUAUAAUACAGAGGAUGAUAUAGCUUUUGAGCCAAGAUUGACAAGAGCAAAGACCAAAGAGCUAGCAGCAGCCCAAGUUAAUAUACCAUGGCCAAUUACUCCAGUGAAGAAAACUUCAUCAGAAGUACAAGCAUUAAUCGAAGAAGAAUUACCAGAAGAUUCUUCUGAUGAAGAAUACAAUCCAGAACAAGAAUCACAUGAUCCUGAAGGAAUUUUUAAAAUCCCUGGAAUUCCUUAUGUGCCAACAGAAGAAGAAAGUAUUGGUCAAAGAACACGAUCCAAAGUUUGUUUAAGCGAAACACCUUUGGAACAGAUUGAACAAGCAUUUAUACCUCCAGAUAUAACCAUUGAUAUGUAUGAUUUGGAUUGUGAAAAAGAUGAAGAUUGGGAUAAUUUCUUAAAAGAAUUUACUCAACCACUCACUCAAGAACCUAUGGUGGAAGAUGAUUCGGAAGCAGAUCCAGAAUAUAAUAUUUUAGAAGACGAAGAAACAGAACUUUUGGAUAAAGAAGAAUUAAGAGCUGAUAAAGCUGUAAAUGUUACGCGCAAGGAAUUAAAUAAUUUGACUGCAGAAUUAUUUGAGUUUAUAGAUAUAUUUCCGAAAGAAGAUCAGGAGAUUUCAAAAACAAGAAGGUCUCCAGAAAAUAAAAAUGUUUCGGUUGAAAACAAUUUUAUGAAUUGUUCUGUAACAGAUUUAUUACCUACUUAUAAAGAACCAGAACUUCCUAAUUUAAUGAAUCCAAAUCAACGCGAGUUAUUGGCAGUUCAAUUUCGUCAACAUGUACAAUUAAUGGUACAACAUUUUGCUAUGACAUAUAUGCACCCAGAUCUGCAUUCUCAGUCAAAAACGUGCAAAGAAAAUCUAAAUAGUAUAAAGUACUUAAGUAAUGGCCCUAAUUCUGCAUUCAAUGUAGCAAAUUUACCGGAUGCUUUAAAAUUAGUAUCUGAUUGGGAAAAUAAAUUUUUGGAUAACAAAUUUUCUGAAGAUUUCAAAAAAGCUAUGGCAGAUGGGGAUGCAAUAAAAAGAAUAUAUCUUAAAAAUAGGUAUAAGUGUAUUCCUAAAUUUGAUCCAGAAUUAAAAAAGCUAUUUAUGGACAGUAAAGCCCUAAUGUAUCCACAACUUUUGCCUGAAAUACCAUUCAGAAGUGAAUUAAAUAAAUUUGUACGCCCUCCAUAUUUAAAAUCUGAAGAGAGUUUAAUUGCAUUGGGUUUGGAGCAGUUUCUCCCUUUUGUUGCCACUAAAUCAAAGAAAUUAAAAAGUAAGAAACUCCAACUAUUAGAUGCAGUGAAAUUAAUUAAUCAGUAUUUAGUGCCAUGCAGGGAACCUGAAGGAUUAUUAAAUCACAUUGGAAAACGCCGAUACACAAAGAAUGCAAAUCCAAUAAAACAUUACUUUGAGAAGGGUUGUGCUCCUAGAACAAUACAUUACAUAACAUUAGAAUGCGAUCUCAAAGCACCCAAAGAUCAAUCAAUAAAUCUAUUACCUGUAAUUUGGCAAACUUAUUGUAAUAAUACACAGCAGAAAAUUAAUAUCUUAAAGCAAAAACAUAUGGUUAAUUCGUAUAACGAUAUUAUGAAGAAAGAUUGCCUUACAAAUGGAAAUAGAAACCAUGUUUCUGUUUCCAAAGCUCACAUUUUGUGUACACAAAACCCACCUAUUAAUAUAUUACCAAAAAUAUUACCUGCAAAUACAAAGCAGAAGACAACAACUAAAAAUGCAUUGAAAGAUAAUUUGUGCACAAGUGGAAACAUUAAUUGUGAAAUUUCUAAAAAUGUAUCAGACAAUGAAGUAAAUAUUAAAAUACAUAAUACACAUGCAUUAAAUACAGAUUGUUCAUUGCAUCGUAACAGCUCUUUAAAAGUUAUAACUAUGCAAGAAGAAAAAGAGAAAAAAACAGAUGAUAGUGAAUUAAAAGAAGUUCGGAAUGAUGUACCUACAAAUUCAAUUACAUCAAAACAUCCAAAGUUUUCUAAAAAGUCUUCUGAAAUAGUACAAGAAUUACCUCAAUUACGAAAAACUACUCCUAGGUUAGCAAAAACAAGAAGUGCUCAAAAUAUGAAAUUAAUGGCCCAAGUUUUAGGACCAAAAGGUUUAUCAUCUAAUUGCAAUGCCUUAAAAUCCAGAGAAAAGAAUGAUAUAGAUAAAAAUAUAGAGAAAAUAUCUGAUUCGCCUAAACUUGAUAAUGAAGAUGAAAUUGCAGAGUUAAUGUUAGCUAGCACAACUAUUAAGAAAGAUUCUAUUAGUAGAAAGAAAGCUAAAGAAGCUAGAGAGUUAGAAAACAUUAAAAGACUUUUAGAAUCUGAAAAUCCAUUAAACGAAGAAGAAAGAGGUUCAAAGUUUGCAGCAUCAUAUCUUCAGAAAUUGCACUUGGCAUUAGAAUCUGACAAUCCAGCAACAUUACGAUCUGUGAUAAAAUUAUAUUUAGAUUAUUAUGACAAAUUAGAUAGCAUUAAUCAAAUGGAGAACGAAUUAUCAUUCUCGAGUCCAUCAAGAUCUUUGCACCAUGAACAAAUUAUGGAAAAAUCUGCGAUAGAUAAAGAUGCAAUAACUAUUACUUUAUAUCGAGAUGUAUGUGAAAAAUUACGAGAAUAUCCUGAGCUUUGUACAGACUUUUUGUUGUUUUUGAGGCCACAUCAAGCUGCAAUGAUGGAUAAAUCAGUGGAAUAUAUAAUGCUUCAAAAGAUGAGCGAAUUUGUUAAAGUAGCUCAAAUAUAUUUUGCUAAACAACCUUCUCGAAUAGCAAAAAUGAUGCAAGCUAUUACACAGCUUUCAUCCGAUCCACAGAUAACAUUAGAACAUGUUCAUGCAACUAUGAGUCCCAUAUUUAAGGGACAUCCUUUAGUUAUGGAUUUAUUUUUACAAAUAUUACCCACUGCUAAACCUCCAGAAAGUUUGUUUGCAUCACAUAUGUUUGAAAACUUAACAUGUCCAGUGGGACCAUAUGAUAAAAGUAAAAUUUAUACUGAAGAUGCACCUGAAUUAUAUGAAAAUAUAGAAUUGCCUGUAUUAUCAUUUCAAGAAGAUCCUUAUGGUGGAGAAAACUGCAAAUGCAGUUGUCAUAACGAUGAAGAAUCCACUUCUAAAAAUAUUUCUGAACAUUGUGUGUCUUGUGGCACAAGGUUCCUCAAUGGAAAAAUUUACCUUCAAACAUCUGAAGGUUUAAGACCUGCAAAAAUUAUUUUCCCUGGAGCUGAAGAAGAAAAGUUGGAAAAUAUUGCGCGUAUAUCUUUAAAAGCUACUGAUAAAUUUGCUUCAUCUAUUUCAUCUACACAACGAAGAAAGUCUUCAAAGAAUGAAUUUCAUACCGAUGAACAACAUCAGAAAUCUUUUAUAGCAAAAAAUUCACCUACCAAAGAAAACGAAGAAGGAGAAAAAUUAAUUAUAAAGUCUAAAAAAGCUAUAAAAUCGCCGUCAAAAUCUACAGAUCAGAAAAAAGAUUUUAAAAGACCCAGAAGUGAAAUAAAUCAUAUAAAUAGAAGUGCAAAAAAAAUACGCAUAUCUCAAUGUAAAAAUAAAAAAGAGAAACAAAUUGACAAGCAAGAAAUAAAAGUAGAAUACAUAGACUCAAAUGUUAGUGAUCAUAUGAAAUUAGGUGAAAAAGGAUGCUUAUUCAUUGAUUAUAAAAAUUCUAAAGAAACAGUAGCAAAAAAUACAUCGGAUGCGAAAAUAGGAACGUCAAAUGAUAGCAUAAGCAAGGUUGAUUUAUCCGAUGAGAUAAAAAAUUCUGUUGAUUUAAGUACCAAUGUAAAUACAAAGUCAUGGACACGGCAGGAAGAUAUGAUCUUAUUACAAGCUGUAAAAAAAGAAUAUUCUGAGAAUUCACUUAUCCUAGUCAGUAAAACAUUAGGAAAUCGUACAAUUGAUCAAGUUAGAGAAAGAUGCGAAAUCCUGCUCUCUUUGUUAAAGAAGAUGAUGUAAUUAUCUUUAGUUAAAAAGGAUAUAACGUUAUUACUCUUUAUUCCAAACUUUCACUGGAUUAUAGACUUGCUCCCAUCAGUGACAAAAAUCACUUUGCAUAACAAACUAUGCCAUAACAACGAAAUGUAAACCAAAUAUAUUAAUUAAAAUAUUCAACUGAGGAUAGCAGUACAUGGUAUAAAAUUAUAAGAUUAUUUGCAGCAUUGAAAGCUUUAAUUUUUUAAUUUCGUCAAAAAUUUUUUAGUGUAUUCAAAUUUUUGCAGGAGGAAAAAGACAACAAUGGAGUAUUACACUAAUACUAUUAUUACAAAGAAAACAUACUUCGCAUAUUUGUAUUUGAAUAUAGUGUUAAAACAUAGUUACAAGAAGAAUAGUAGUCAUAAGCUACUAAGUUAUAAAAUUAUAUAGAUUAUGUUAUACUUCUCUUAAUUUUAUAAAAUCUUAUAUAGAAAUAAAUGAAAUUAAUUUAUGAAAA